AUGGUGAAGAAGCUUGGCCUCACGUCUCUCAUCUUCAGCAGCAAGCAGGUGGACAGUGCUGCCAGUGCCAGUGGCGCUGCACCUUCCUCCGUGGCCUCGUCUUCCUCCAUGUCUGCCACCUCGUGGCAAUGGCCGUCCUGCAAGCAACCAAGGACCCUCUCCUUCAGGCAGCAGCAGCACCAAGAGCAGCACCAGACGGCGUACAAGACCAUGAACUCCGCCUACUUGCCCGACUCUGGCGCCGACUCGUGCUUCUCCAACUCCUUCGCCUCGCUCGACGACAGCCUCUCCACGGCGUCCGAGGCCGCCUCCGGGCUCGUUGAGGCCAACGAGCGAGAGACGGUCAUCCGCGCCCUGCGCUCCGGCCGCCUCUUCUUCGAGCCCCACGCAACGCCGGCCACCUCCUCCUCCAUACUCGACGAGGCCAAGCUGAAGGUGAAGCACAUCGACACUACCACCGCUACCACCUGCUGCAUCAGCGGGAAGGUGGACAAGACGGCGCCGUUCGAGGGAGCGACAGCGAUGACCAUGGACUCGUCGAACCCGUACCGCGACUUCCGGGCGUCCAUGGAGGAGAUGGUAAUGAGCCAUGGCGUGAAGGACUGGUGCUGGAUGGAGAAGAUGCUGGGGUGGUACCUCAGGGCCAACGGCAAGAGCACCCACGGCCUCAUCGUCGGCGCCUUCGUCGACCUGCUCGUCGCGCUCAGCGACACCGCCUCGCCGUCCUCCCCGACCACCGCCAGCACCAACCGCUCCUCCUCCUCCUUCAGCGGCAGCGACGAGAUCAAGGAGGAAGAAGGAUGA